CAUUUCCCACUCAUUCUUGUUCUCUAAAGUUUGAAUUCAAUUGUUUGCAGAAAACUUAAAAUUAUGGCUAAAUAUACGGUUGAAGUGAUUUCAAAGCACAUCUGCCAACUGGGAGAGGGACCGCAUUGGGAUGAAAAGUCUCAGUCACUAUACUAUGUGGACCUAAUUGGUGGUGAUGUCUGUCGCUUGGAUACUAAGACUCAAGAAUCCGAAAUGAUACACAUCGGGGGCACUGUUUCGGUUGUGGUUCCCAUCAAAGACAGCGACAACGAGUUUAUUAUAGGACACGAUAACAAACUUUAUAAACUCAAUUGGAGUUCUCAAGAGAAACAACUGUUAUGUGAAGUCGAGACUCAUUUGGAUAAAAAUCGUUUCAAUGAUGGAAAGUGUGAUUCAAGCGGACGAUUCUGGGUCGGCACUAUGGGGCCCGAAACAUCUCCCGGUGUUUUCGUUCCCAAUAGAGGCGCGCUCUACACUUAUGGCUCCAAAAUCGAGAAAAGGUUUGAUCCAGUUAAUCUGUCAAAUGGAUUAGCAUGGUCAUUGGACAACACCCUCAUGUAUUUCAUUGAUUCAACCAAAAGAAUAAUUUAUGUUUUCGAUUUCGAUAUCAAAACUGGAAAUAUUCGACAAGUGAUUGAUUACAUAAGCCUUCCCUGCGAUUGCAUUACAUCCGUGUGUUUCGGUGGACAACAGUUGGACCAACUCUUCGUGACCACCGCUUUGUGGCCAUUGGACGACAGCCGAAGAGCACAGCAGCCAAAAGCUGGUCAUCUCUUUCGUGUGACAUCCGAUUCAAACACUUUCGGCGGAUUUGAAGCCAGCGUGCAAUUCAAACAGUGA